AUGUCGUUGGGAUCCAGGACGUUCAGAUCCAAGCGCCAGAUGGCUGCCUUUGAGAAGAGUUUGCAGGGGCGCUACCUGAAGCUACUGCGGCGUAACCCAUUUUUGUUCUACGGAGUGCCCUUCUGCACGCUGAUGGCUGUAGGCUCCUACUGUCUUUCCGACUUCACCGCUGUAAAGUACGAGCGUGAAGAUAAAAAGGUCCGAUCCGUGCAGGAGGAUGAACUGGUUAAAUUAAGAGCCAACCGUCGCACAGUCGACUUGAAGGAGGAGUUUUAUCGCCUACAAGGUCUCGCCGACCAAGAUUGGGAGCCCGUACGGGUGCCCCGACUACCUGGCGAGUCUGAGAAUGUAUGGGAUGUAGAGUAA